UAUCAAAAGUCGGUAGAUAAAACGGUGUAAUCAUCGCAAUCGUGCACCCAGUUGUUUACCAAGCGUAAACGCAGGCGGAGAUUAGUGGACGGGAAAGUCAGGGAAAGGAACUAAAAAUGGCACUCAAGUUCGCUGCGAAUCUAAACUUUCUGUUCACGGAGAGGGCGGCGACGAUCGCGGAGCGGAUCCGACUGGCUCACCAGAAUGGAUUCCGGGCCGUGGAGAUCCCCUAUCCGGAGGGCGAGACCGGCGACGUGGUAGCCGCCGUUAAGGACACGGGCGUGGUGGUUAGCCUGGUGAACCUGGCCUUCGACAAGACCGACGACCAGCUGCGCUUCGGCUCCACCAGCGUUCCCGGAUCGGAGAAGCUGUUCAGCCGCCAGCUGGACGCCACCAUCGAGUUCGCGCGUCAGGUGGGAUGCGGCAAGAUCCACCUCACUGCAGGGAUCUUCAAGGGCGGCCAGGAGAGCGACUAUACGAAGACGUACACCUCCAACCUGAAAAUCGCCGCCGAUAGCCUCAGGGCCAGCCAGAUGGUCGGCGUGAUAGAGCCAAUUAACAAGUACGCCGUGCCCGGCUACUUCAUGAACUCGUACGCCAAGGCCGCCGGAGUGCUGGCUGACGUGGGUGCGGACAACAUCCAGCUGCUGGCCGAUCUCUAUCACCUUCAGCACCUGCAUGGCAACGUGUCUAAGACGCUUGAGGAGUACAAGUCCCUGAUCGGCCACUUCCAGAUCGCCCAGGUGCCGCAUCGCCACGAACCGGACGUUUCCGGGGAGCUCGACUACGGCUACGUCUUCAAGACCCUCCAAGAGUUCGGCUACGACGGAUGGGUUGGCUGCGAAUACAAGCCCAAGACGACGACGGUCGAGGGUCUGGGUUGGGUUUCCAAGCUGGGCUAUACGCUCUGAUCAAAUCAAAGGACACUACGGAUUGCAUUGCAUUUAUACACAUGUUUUUACACUUUUUACAAAUAUAAAGCUGGUUAAACCAA